AUGUGGACUUACAUCACUGUCUCCUGCACGUCUUUGUAUGCCCGCCGCCUCAUGGAGUACGACGAUAAGAAGGUAGUGCAGACUGAAAUGCACACCUUCACAAAUGGGACCCUGAUCGGCUGUGCCAGAGCAUGUUUAGGAGAGAAGUACUGUCUCAGUUUUCACUUCUAUCGCGACGGGCCAACCUGUCUGACUCUGCGGGAACGUCCUGACAGCGUUAUGGUGACGCCAACUGAUGACGUCAUUGGGUAUCAGCUGUUUCUGACUGAUAAGCCUUUGCCAGUGGUUGGUUCCGACUGUGACCUGGACGUGGACUGCAAGUCUGUGAUCAAUACCCGCUGUCACAGCGGUUCCUGCAGGUGUGACGUUGGGCAUCGCCUUCAUGGAAACAUAUGUCAGAGUUACUCAGUGGCAUGUGCGUCAUUCCCUGGCUAUACUUGGGAUGUUGACAGUGGCAUAUGCUACAUGGUCGAAACAAUGGAGGCAAAGAACUGGGAUGAAGCUGCGAGUAGCUGCCGCUCCACUCAGGGGAAUCUCAUACAACCUAACACUGCUGCCAAGAUGAAUCUCGUGAAACAAGUAAUCACAGAAAAAAUUUGGAUUGGUGCUCAACUUGAUCAGUCGGAGUGGAGGUGGGCUGACCGUACGGUCGUGAAUACGGCCUUUUGGGCGCCUUCCCAACCCAGUGGAGACGGCCCGUGUGUAGAGAUUGUUCCGUUUGAGGCUUUCUUGUGGAAUGACGUACGCUGUACAGCUAAGAGAUUUUACGCUUGUGAAAUUAACUUUGGCUGAAUUUCACACUGUGUUCCUCUAUGGAUUUUGUCCACUUUAGCCUAUGGAGCUCCUAAUUUAUGACAUGCUCCUCACCUCGUUAUGACUAACGCAAGUCCAUCAGUCAGUUUUUAAACCAUUUAUAGUUUCAUCUUCAGAAAGCAUCAAGGAGUAACUGACCUAUUAGGAUGCAUAACUUCUGGAUAUUACAUACUUGUUCAUAGCGCAAACCACAAUCAAUAUAUUACUAUGGAUUGAAACAAAUAACAAAAAGCCUGUAAAAUUCAUUUUUUUAGAACGGACAUCAAUGCAAAGGCAACUGACCUAAUAUCAAAGCAGGAGUAAUGCUUAAUGCAUAUUGAUUAGUAUGAUUAUGGUGAUUAUUAUGAUUCAUAGUUAUUACGUUAAUUAACUAUAGGUUGUCAUCUCUUUAUUUGCGCUUUAGACUGAACAUGACGUUUUAGGUAAUUCAGUGUUCCACCUAGAAAACGUAAUCUUCAAAAUAAACAACAUCAGUUUUCAGCUGUAUCUACCAGUGGUUCUUUACUUUUCAGCAGUUGAAGUCAUAAGGUUCAAUAACCAUAGUUUUUCAAAGAGCAGGUAGAUAUGUGUUUGUUAACAUACACGUGGCCUCGGAUAAACGACUUCUUCACGGACUCAAACAUAAGGAGCAU